UGAAAGAUAGACUGCCCAAAAGACCCGGCAAUGUUAGUCUUAGUAGCAGCAGCUGCACCAGUGGCAGUAGGAGGCCACCACCAGUAGCCGCCUCUGCCGGCGGAACAGUUAUUAAACUUCUAACAAUGGCGAGAAAACAGAGCCGCCGGAGAACUGCAAUUUUCAUCCUCGUGAUUUGUUUUGCGGCCUUGGGAACUCUGGCGCCAGUAUUUGCUCCUUUGCCUUCUUCUCUCUCUUCUCGCUCCAAUUCUCAUCACAACCUUAAAAAGAGUGAUGGUCGAAGCUUCGAGAUAGCGGAUGACAAGUUCUGGAGAGAUGGGGAGCAAUUUCAGAUAAUUGGUGGGGACUUGCAUUAUUUUCGUGUUCUUCCCGAGUACUGGGAAGAUAGACUGCUGAGAGCGAAGGCGUUGGGCUUGAAUACCAUUCAAACUUAUGUUCCAUGGAAUUUGCACGAGCCAAGGCAAGGCGAAUUGGUAUUUGAGGGCAUUGCAGAUAUAAUUUCAUUUCUGAAACUCUGCCACAAAUUGAAUUUACUGGUUAUGCUUCGAGCUGGGCCUUAUAUAUGUGGAGAGUGGGAUUUGGGUGGCUUUCCUGCAUGGUUACUUGCCAUUGAACCGGCACUUCGGCUGAGAUCCUCUGACCCCCCUUUCCUUGAGUUGGUUGACAGCUGGUGGAAUAUCCUACUUCCAAAAAUGUCACCUCUUCUUUACACCAAUGGAGGCCCUAUCAUUAUGGUACAGAUCGAAAAUGAAUUUGGUUCUUAUGGGAAUGACAAAGCUUACCUGCAUCAUUUGGUCAAAUUAGCAAGAGGACACCUUGGAAAUGAUGUAAUUCUGUAUACAACAGAUGGUGGUUCAAGGGAAACUCUUGAGAAAGGAACAAUUUCUGGAGAUGCUGUCUUUUCAGCUGUGGACUUCACAACUGGGGAUGAUCCAAGGCCGAUAUUUGCCUUGCAAAAGAAGUUCAAUGAGCCAGGGAAAUCACCACCUCUUUCUGCGGAAUUUUAUACUGGUUGGCUUACACACUGGGGGGAGAAAAUUGCAAGUACGAGUGCAACUUUCACUGCAGAUUCCCUAGAAAAGAUUUUGUCAAUGAAUGCGUCUGUUGUGCUUUAUAUGGCACAUGGUGGAACAAACUUUGGAUUUUACAAUGGCGCCAAUAGUGGUGCAGAUGAGUCAGACUACAAGCCUGAUCUUACAUCUUAUGACUAUGAUGCACCUAUUAGAGAAUCUGGUGAUGUGGAUAAUGCAAAGUACAAAGCUCUACAAAGAGUUAUUUCAAAGUAUACCGUGGAAGAGCCCACUUCAGUUCCUCCUGAUAAUCAAAGAGCCACAUAUGGACGUAUAGAGUUACAGAAGUCAGCUUUCCUUUUUGAUAUAGUUGACUAUCCAGAACUCAUUUCAGUAGUUGAAUCUGAAAUCCCACUAUCAAUGGAGUCUGUCGGUCAGAUGUUUGGCUUUGUACUAUAUGCAUCUGAGUACACCUCAAAAGGCAAUAGAAGUGUGUUGUCCAUACCAAAGGUGCAUGACAGAGCUCAAGUGUUUAUAUCAUGUACUUCUGACGAUAACAGGAAAAGACCAAUUUACAUUGGCACCAUCUCAAGAGGGUCAAAUCGAGCCAUUGAUCUUCCUCAUUUUAAUUGUGUCUCCCGAACAAAACUAUAUAUUUUGGUUGAAAAUAUGGGUCGUCUGAAUUAUGGGCCAUACAUAUUUGACAAGAAGGGCAUUUUAUCUUCUGUUUAUGUGGGUGGAAGGCCUUUGUUUAAGUGGAGAAUGCUUUCAAUUCCUUUUCACAACCUAAAUGAAGGCCGAAAAAUCUCUUCCAUUGUUUCAGAUGCAUAUUCCAAGUUCAUUAAAGUAUCUUCACUCGAAGAUCUGAAUUAUAGAAGACAUAGGGAUAAUCUGGAGCCAACUUUCUACACGGGUCGAUUUGCUAUUGACCAAGUCAAAGACACGUACCUUUCUUUCAAUGGGUGGAGUAAGGGGAUUGCUUUUGUUAAUGAAUUUAAUAUUGGGCGAUAUUGGCCGUCAGUUGGACCACAGUGUAACCUAUACGUCCCAGCUCCAAUACUUCGAGAGGGGGAAAAUGUUGUGGUUAUUCUGGAGUUAGAGUCUGCGAGCUCCAAGCUUUCUUUGAGCUCAACUGACCGGCCAGACUUCACUUGUGGUUCAAUUGGUUGAAGAUUGAAUUAAGAUACCGAUAUAUGAGUUUCCUGAUGACGGCGGGGUACUGAAGAUGGUAGAAUGGAUCAUGUGUAGGAGAAAUAUUUUUGGCUGUUUAGUGCCUGAAGAGUUCAAGGAACUCUGCAUAUGGCCUAAACAGAAAAUCUUCCAACCAGCAGUGUACAUAAAAAUGAGAGGAGAAAGUGGAAACCUACUUGUUCAGAUGAAGGAGAGGGAGAGAGUUCUUGCAGUCAGCCAAUACUACGCAACUUCGUAAGUGCCUCGUUGGGAAAAAAUAGCUACGUGUGCUUCCAAGUGUUGGCUUUUAUCAAAUACAUCUGUAUCUGUAUUUCUUGCUUACAUCUGCAAUGUAGCGUGCUGGUUGAGGAAUUUGAUCAUUGUUUGGGCAUUGUCCUAUUCAAACGACUUUGUUGCCAAUUUCUUUUGAGAAGUAAUGGUUCUAUUGCAAGUUCCGUUUCCCCGUCACA